AUGGCCACCAAGUCUAAAGUCUUUGAUGACAGCACGUCCGUUUCCAACCCACCUCCCUCGUAUGAUUCAAUUUCUACGUCUGUAUCAGAUGUUGUCCGGUACAAACCAUCGGUAUUUUCCUUCCUGAAAUCCAAGGAAAAACGUCGUGCGACAGUGCUCUCUGGCAUCCGUGAAAUUGUCUCCUCUCCUGAUUUCACCCCUUCAUCUGUCGGGUCGAUCGCUGCUACUUUGCCAGCAGCAGAGUUCUCAGAUCUCCUGCAACAACGCAAUAUCGAGGAUCACACAGCGCUGUAUUGGGCGAUCGUAAAAAAGCGGCGAGAAGUCCUUUGGGUGUUCACUAAAUUCAUUUCCGAAUUCUCGCCGGCUUGUUCUUCCGACUUACGACUUGCGUGCAUGACAAUGAACGAUAACGAUCUCUUUAUGCAGCUGAAUUUAGGGGACAAUGUUAAUCCCAAGGAUAAGUCUUUGAGACGGAUUUUGGGUUGUCCGCGAGAUGAGAUCCAGGUGUUCCAGCAUGAACUGGUCGAAAAUCGCCGCAUUGUUUAUUUCAAGUUGGUCUUCAAGAUGUUCCAGACACGCCUGCGCAUUAUGCAGGAAUUGGCGGUAGAAUUUAUUGCCCAGGGUAUGUAA